AUGUCUUCGCCGAACGACGAGCGCAUCAAAGCUGCAAGAGAGGCUGGUAGAGAGGCAGCUCUCAAGCGCGGCCCAUACCCACCUCUCGGCCGUCUGCCCACGGACGAAGAAACCGCCGAGGUCUACGCGACCGCUUCUCCCGCGAUCCGCGCCCUGAUGGACAAGAUGGAGCCGAUUCGCAAGCAUGCCCUGGCGGCUUGGGGAGCUCAUCCACCUCCACCACCCAGGCUGGGAUGGAGCAAAUCCGCGAGAUGGCUCGCGGCGAUCCCCGGGCCGACUUUGAGAAUGAGCAGGACGCAGCGCGCCAACAGGCAAGCUCCUCUUCGCCCAACAGUGCCCGCCGCCUUGAGGGAGGAGAUGGUGCAGCCGAGGGGCAAGGUGGCCACUGAGAGCUUUGAGUGGCGCGAGCGGGAGAGAACACCGAGUCGGUCAUCAGCUGUAAGAAGAGAGUCUUUCAAGCGACGGAGAAGGAGGAUGCUGAGGGUGGCAAUGGUUCUGGUGAUGGCGACGGUGAUGAGGAGAGAAGAGAAGAGGUGA